AUGUCAAGACUUGUACAACAACAACUAAGCCAAACGCUUGUUGAUGAUCAGCAAAAGCAACAAAUUACAUCGGUUAUAACAAACAAAACAUUACAUCUUCGACUAAAAAAUGCACUAUCAAUACGACAACAUGUUGUUUGGGAUGAAACGACGGUUGUUGAUAAUGAAUUUGAAAAUAAAAAAAAGUCAAAAUGUUGUUGUAUUUAUACGAAAUCAGAGAAAGAGAAUAUAGAAAUAGACAAUGAUAAAGAUAAACAACAGCCAAUAAUUGAUGAAGAAUUUGAUAAUUGUAAACACUGUCGAUUUCACACACAAAAAGAUUAUAGCACGGCUACCAAAAAAGAAGAUGAAAAAGAAGCGGGACCUCAUCAAGUACGAAUUGUGGUCGCUAAGACUAAAACCGGAAUAAGAAAAAACUUCUGA